AUGCCACCUGUUGGUCAUUUUGAGAAUUUCCGACAAGGGUGGUCUCUGCGGUCUCUUUGGCAUCCAUCGAUUCCUCGACGUUGGAUCAAGAUGUUGAUUUUAGUAGCUUUGGUAUGCUUCUUCUCGGUCGGACUCGGUCUGCGCUUGAACCAGAAUCAAGUUCGCUAUCUGUAUCCAGAUGACGACUUUCAAGAUGAUUCCGUCUCCCAUUUCCCUCCACCCCGGCAGACGGGUCAGAAAACUCAUGAUCCGACCAUUUUGAAGGUUGGAAAUGAGUUCUAUCUGUACAAUGUCGGCGAGCACAUCUUUAUUCAUACCGCGCCUUCCAUGGCCGGUCCAUGGAAGCGUGUUGGCACCCUGCUGGACGCCAACAGUGUCAUCCCAAAGGGUGAUCGUGCUGCACCUUGGGCACCAACGGUUAUCGAGUACGACGGAGUUUACUACUGCUAUUACAGUGUGAGCAAAGCAGGCUGCCGUGACAGUGCUGUCGGUGUGGCGACAUCAAAUUCCCCUGGACCAGGCAACUGGUACGACCAUGGUGCUGUUGUCCAGACAGGAACAGGCAAUGGAUCCGAUGUGUCGCCCUACACUAUUUCCAAUGCUAUUGACCCCAGUGCAUUGGUUCUGCCUAAUGGCGAGGCAUAUCUCACGUUCGGAAGUUACUGGACUGGCAUCUACCAAGUUCCUCUUGGAAAGGAUAUGCUUUCUCCUAAGAGUACUACUGAGCCCGACGCUCGUCACCUUGCCUACGAACCCAACAUGCUCAGUACUCCCAACCGCAACGCCAACUCACUGUGCGGUGACCCGACUGGGCCACAUGCCAUUGAAGGGGCGUUCAUCUCGUACCGCGACGGAUAUUAUUACCUUUGGUUCAGCCAUGGAAACUGCUGCAAUUUAAAACCGAAUAAUCUUCCUGCUGCUGGCAAAGAAUACAGUAUCCGCGUUGGACGAUCCAAAAACCCCCGUGGCCCAUUUGUCGACAAGACCGGCAAAGACCUUGUCGAAGGCGGUGGUACUAUAAUCUACGGAUCUAACGGUGAAACCUAUGCCCCAGGCGGCCAAGGUGUCCUCCGCAACGGGGAAACUGACCUCCUCUACUAUCAUUACCAAAACAAAACCAUUGGCGUGGCAUUUGCAGAUGCUCUUCUUGGUUUUAACCCACUGAAAUACGUCGAAGGAUGGCCCGUUGCACAGCCAUAA